CUUUUCUUUCUUUCACAUUCAAAAUGGCUGACGCCAAAAAACCCGCCGUCCUGAUUGUCGGUGGCCUCGGCUUCAUCGGUCGACACCUCGCGCUAUACAUCCAUGAGAACAACCUAGCCUCGGAAGUCCGUUUGGUAGACAAAGUCCUGCCACAAUUGGCCUGGUUGGCUCCAGAGUUCGAAGAGGCAUGCUCCAAGGACAAGUUCGUCCAGGCAGACGCCAGCCGUGAACAACAUUUCCCGCGCAUCUUCGACCGAGCCAAUGGCGAACAAUUCGACUAUGUGAUCAACUGCGGCGGCGAAUCACGUCACUCCCAACCAGACGAUGUCUACGAAGUGCGCAGCUACGCCCUCUCCGUCGCGCUCGGCAAGGAAAUUGCCCGACGCGGCAUCCCCGCCUUUAUCGAGACCUCGACCGCGCACGUCUACAAGGGCGGCUCAACGCCACGCAAGGAGACCGACAAGCUCGCCCCGUGGCACAAGCUAGCCGCGUGGAAACUCAAGGCUGCAGAGGAACUGCUUAAGGUCCCAAACCUGCAGUACUGCGCGCUACGUCUACCCCACGUCUACGGCGCCUAUGACCCGGGUUACUUCGCCACGGGCAUUUGUCUGUCCGCCGUCCACGUCGAUCUCAAGCAGGACUUGGAAUUCCUGCACACAAAGGACUUGAAAAUUAACACCCUGCACGUCAAGGACGCUGCCAGCGCGCUGUUCGAGGCUGCCAAGUGGCGCGCCGCGAAGGGCUUCAUCGACCCCAAGGAAGGUGUUGUUACCUUCAAUGUUGUCGAUCACAACGAUACGAAACAGGAACAUGUCGCCAACGCCUUGACAGAGGUGUUCGGUUUCAAGGUCUCGUUCAUUGGGUCGCUUGCUUCGCAGCUCGCCAAGCUGAACCUCGACGAUGUCCUUGAUGAUAUGAAUGAGGUCGGUCUGCAGACCUGGGCUGAGCUCGUCGAGAGGGCCAAUAUCACCCGGCCUGGACCAAUCAGUCCGUUCCUGGAGCGUGACAUUGUCCGGGACCAGGAUAUGUCCAUUGACGGGUCGAAGUUCGAGAAUGAGACUGGCUGGAAGCCAUCGUACCCGAACUUCGGGGCUGACAGUAUCCGCGAAAUCGUGGACAGCUACAAACGCAUGGGCUGGUGGCCAUGA